AUGGGUACUCCAUCCUCAUUACCCACAAACCCUAACCCCAGCCCCAGUCCGCCACUACCUCAGUCCCCACCACCACAAACGCCGCCAUUACCACAAUCACCACCACCUCAGUCACCGCCCCCGCCCCCAAGCCAAAUACCACCUCUCAUUCCGCCGACUCCCCUCUCGCCGCAAUCCGAGCCGCCAAAUGAAACACCAAUUACCGACACCCAUUCCCCAGAACCAACGCCUGACCCUGUUCCUACCCAAACAAAAACAAAAGGGAAAACAAAAAGGGCCGCAGGUAGACUCAAAGAAACCCCUGUCGGAAAAAGGAAACGAGUACCCUCUGUCCCUUUCGACUUAAACUCUCCACCUCAGUCCUCUGAACCAGUUAGCAAAAGGACUAGGUCUUCCUCGCAAACCCCAGCACCAGCGGUCCAAACACCAGUAACCCAGUCUCCCUUACAUUCUCCAGCACCUGCGUCAUCUGCAGAUACUAUAGAGGAGGUAAUUUCUCCAUUACCCUGGGCUUUUAGGGAUAUGGAUAUGAAAAAGGCCUAUGAGAAAUUGCUUUCUAAAACUAUUUUGGCAAACAAGGAACCAGUGUACAAGGAUCUAACCCUCGAAUUUUUGAGUUCCCUAAAGUUGAGUUUCAAACCAACAGUGCCUGAACAUAAAGAUAUGAUAUAUUUUCGAUGUGCUGGAAUUGAUAGGGAGUUAGACAUAGGUGCUUUGAAUGCCAUUUUUGGUUUUCAGGAUUCGGGGUAUAAAAACAUUGAGUGGCAGCAAACUGUUUAUGACCCUGUUCAAUUCUGGAAAGAUAUUGCACCAUUUGGAGUUUCUGGGGAAUCAUACAUAGACAGCACCAUGUUGCUGCAUAUGGAUGUUUGUGAGAAAAUAGGCCAUACAUAUACUCACAUUCUGACACCACGAUACCCUGACAUCAAAACCCCACCACUUUUGAAACUGAUGAACCACAACCAACCUCUACCCCUCACUUGUCAGGAGACAUGUUAUCCAUCUUAUAAUCCUUGGAAUCCAGGAUAA